AGUCUGUCGCUGUCAGUUCAAUUUGACAGAAGAUUCGAAAUCUAACCUCUUGCGUGUAAUUUCACACAAUUUCAUUUAAAUUCUAUUUAUUUUGUUAAAUAAUGGCUUCGGUUAAAGCUUACACGGUUGGGAGGCUAGUGAGCCUAGUGACGAAAUCAACUUACGGCACUUUGAGAGCAAGUUUACCCAGAUGUGCCCGCCCAUACAGCACAGAACAAAAGGCAGCCGACUCAGCAAAUGAACAGGCUGAUAAACCAGCAUCCAUUGAGGAAUGCCACAAACAGAUUGAGAUACUGACAGCAGAUGUCAGCAAGAUGAAAGAGCAGCUAAAAGACUAUGAUGACAAGUACAAGCGCGCGCUGGCCGACGCGGAGAACACUCGGCGCCGCAUGACCAAGCAGGUUGAAGACGCCAAGUCCUUCGCCAUACAGAGCUUCUGCAAGGAUCUGCUUGAUAUAGCAGAUACGCUGGCGGCGGCGGCGGAGUCGGUGCCGGAGGGCGGCGCGGCGGGCGAGGCGGACGCGGCGCUCAGAUCUCUCCACGAUGGAGUUAGACUGACUAAAGCACAACUGACGCAGGUGUUCACGCGGCACGGGCUGGUGUGCGUGUCUCCGCUGCGCGAGAAGUUCGACCCCAACCUGCACGAGGCGCUGUUCCAGCAGGAGGUGGAAGGCGCGGAGCCCGGCACAGUAGUAGCAGUGAGUAAGGUCGGCUACAAGCUGCACGAGCGCUGCGUGCGGCCCGCGCUCGUGGGAGUGGCUAAAUAACGUGGGGCUGAUGAUACUUUGUGAGAGAGAGUGGGCGGUUGACAUGUUGCUGUGAAGAUUGUUGGUGAUGUUUGAGUCUUUAUAUUAGCGCUCUAUAUGAACAAGAUGAAGAGUCAGUGCGAAAGAAACGUUGGACAAAUAAACACUCCACUCCACAUUUUGAAAUUAAACUCGCAUCUAGCAACAUGUCAGAAAUUAUCCUGGUGGCAAUUGAAAUACCAAAAUUAGUCGAAAAAUUCACAUACGAACAAUAAGUGUUUACAUAAAAAAAAUUAACGCAACGCUAUUUGAAGAAUGUAAUGGUGUUUUCCGAUUUUUUUUAAACUUCUAGAACAAAAGUUGUCCAGAAUGUCGACAUGCAUAGUAUGCAUAACUUUAUUUAAUUUUUAUGUAUAAAGCAUUUAUUAUAUUCAAGUUAAGUUAUAUCCUACUGGAACUACACAAAGCAUAUCUAGUUAUUUUAUAACAAAAUUAUGGUUCGUUUAAAAUAUUAGUUGUAUCUUGUAUCACAGCAAAACACACAAUUAAUCCUAUAUUUUUCCCAAUUUUUCGAAGAAAAUAUAAAUGUGAAAACGAAUUUGAUGUAAAUUUCAUUGUUGUUAUUUUUGUUUAGGUUACUUUUCGUAGCACGAAUUUUAUGAGACACGAAUGAUGAAAAAUGUUUGAUACCUGUGAGAAAGCCUAGAAAAUAAUCCCAUAUUAUAUGUUACACUAUAUGAUAUUGUGCCUUUGUCUUCAUAGUAUGUAAAUCAGAAGAAAAAUCGGUCUGAUUUCUGUCAAUCUGCCAAAAAGUCGGUGUAGUAGUCAUUAUUACUUGCGAUGUAUAAAGGCACAAUAGCAACUUGUGGGGUUUAUUUUGAGCUGACAUUUUGAAAUAUUCUUAACAAUUUAUAUCACAUCGAUGCAUAUUUUUGUACAAGACAAUUCACACAAGUUUACCUAAACAAACUAUGAAUUAAGAAUUUUGUACAUCGCCUAAAAUUAGUUAUUUGCCUAAAAUACUAACAUAUCUUAUACAUUUUAUUGUUGAGCUUUAUACUUACUGGAAACAAAAAUACCAAAUGGCUCUGUAUAAAGUUUAUAAUUUAAGAUGGUUAGUAUUUUACGAAAGAGUCACAUAAUAAACUUAGUACUUUCCAUACAUAUUUGAGUGUUGUAUGAUUGUAUGAAUUUGUAUGAAGUGUGUCCGCGUAGAAUGGUGGUAGUUUAUUAGUUACUUAUUAAAUAAAAGCAAAUAAAUGUUAAUUGUUUAAAA